AUCUUCUCCUUCCCGAUCCUUUUUUUCUUUCUCCGCCAGCGAGAGACCCUCUCCCCUUCCGCCGCGACGCGAUGAUGGGAGUGAGGCGAACAGCGCGUCCUUAAAGGCCCUUCCUCCCCCUGUGGGCCUCCUUGAAGCGCCUCUUUUGACCUCCCAAAAAAAAAUCCCUUCUUCUUCCCCCCUUCCUCCGCCGACCUCAAAAGAUUCCCACAACCCUAAAUUCUCCCGCUCCCCCCUUCUGCUCCUCGCCGAGAUCUCGCGAGAUCCGCUGCGUCCUCCUCCAGAUUCCACCCAUUUGAGAUCGGCUAGGUUUUUUGGUUCAUGUUCUGCGAUGUCGUCCAUCCUGCCGAAGAAUGAGACCGUCCAGAUCCGGGAGGUGUGGAACGAUAACGUCGACGCGGAGUUCGCUCUAAUUCGCGAGAUUGUUGAUGAUUUCCCGUAUGUUGCCAUGGACACUGAGUUCCCGGCCAUCGUCGCCCGCCCCCUCGGCAACUUCAAGACGAGCUCCGACUUCAACUACGCCACCCUCAAGUUCAACGUCGACAUGCUGAAGCUGAUCCAGCUGGGGCUCACCUUCUCGGACGAGUCCGGCAACCUCCCUACCUGCGGCACCGGCCACGGCUGUGUUUGGCAGUUCAACUUCCGGGAGUUUGACGUCCACCAUGAUAUAUUUGCAUCCGACUCCAUCGAGCUCCUCCGCCAGAGUGGCAUCGAUUUCAAGAAGAACAAAUGAUAUCCACCCAACAAAUGAUAUCAGAUAUCCACCCAACAAAUGAUAUCAGAGCGAGGCGGUACAAUGAUGCAGAUUGCAGCGGUGGUGAGCAAAACUGAAGAUGGAGAAGACAUGAUCAAUCAAGAUAGAGAUCAAUAAGUUUGAUGGUAAAAGCAAUUUCUUCUUGUGGCAGACAAAGGUGAAGGACGUGCUCAUCCAAUAAGGGUUGAUCGAUGCUCUCUUGUGAAAUGAGAAGCCAACCACCAUGGAGGUGUAGGAUUGAAAAUGACUACAGAUGCAGGCGGUGAGUACCAUCCGCAUGUACCUGACGGAUGAGAUGGUGAUCCAUGU